AUGUGUUCCUUGAAACAAAAUACGGUAUUUUUUUAAAGGGACACAUAUUUUCUCAAAAAUAUCUCGAAGCGAUGUCUUUCUCUGUCUUAGAUGACGUCAUCAGACUCCCGUCGUCUCUCGUCUGACCCGAGGGGCAAUUUUCUAUUGGAGUAAAUGGUCGUGUUUUAUUAGUUAUUUUUUAGAGUUUCCGCGGAGAUGUGGAAGCUAUGCCCAAAUUUUGAAUUUUUGAUCAAAAACUUAUAUUUUCAUAUAUAUAUAUAAAUUCAAUUUUUAUUCCAGGGUACCAGCAAACGAAAUCGCCCCCAUUGGACAAUUCACAUUGUGGUUACGGUAAGUAUUAAUUAUAAAAUAACAGAGAACUUCUGAAAUAUCCGAAAAGAAACUAAUAAAAUUUAGAAUUUUCUUGAUUUUCAUUUUUUUUAUUAGAAAAUCUUCAAAACUCUGGAUUUUAUUAGUUAUUUUUUGGAAUUUCAGCGGAGAUGCGGAAGCUAUGCCCAAUUUUUGAAUUUUUAAUCAAAAACUUAUAUUUUUAAUCACAAAAUUUAUUUUUUUAUUCCAGGGUGCCAAUCAACAACUGCGCCCCCAUCAACAAUCAAUAUUGGCGAUUUGGUAAGUAUUUAUUAUAAAAUAAAAGAGAACUUCUGAAAUAUCCAAAGAGAAACUAAUAAAAUUCAGAAUUUUCUUGAUUUUCUUUUUUUUUUAAUUAGAAAAUCAUGAAAAUUCUAGAUUUUAUCAGUUAUAUUUUGGAAAUUCAGCGGAGAAAAAUAAAUAAAUUUCACCACAAAAGUGCUGGGCACAGUACUGUUUUUCUCUGCUUCUAAAAAUUUUCCAGAGUAGUAAAAGUUACAUCGAUUCAUAAAAGAAGUUCAUUCAUUUUUCUUGGAUGUGCAUAAAUAAGGAAGUUUCGCGGCGCAGAGAGUGUAUUGACAUUUUGUAUUGGGUCAAUUGUACAACCCUUUGAAAAUAACCCUAAAAAAUUUAACCCUCUGAAAAUAAAUAUCCCGCGGACUUGAACAACCCUCAGAAAUAACUCAUUGAAAUUGAAAUUUCCUAGAAAAGGGUGUUUUUUUUAGAGUUUUUUGAAUUACGAGAAGUGAAUUUCAGAAACAUGAUUAUUCAUUCCGGAUAAUUACUAAAACAAUGUGAAAUUUAUACUUUUUCACCUUUAGGGUUAAUAAAAAGUUUUUCUUAGAAUAUAUUUUUAGACAUUUAUGUCAGAGUUAUUCACAAUAACUAUGAUUUACAGUUAUUGUGAGUUAUUUUCAAGCCCUCAGAUUCAGAAGGAAAACAUUCUUAGGGUUAUUUUUUUCCAAGGGUUGUACAAUUGACCUGGUUUUCAGCUUAAAAACUAGGGAAACAGUGGUUUUCUCUCGAAAAUCCGUGAAAAUCACAAUUUUCAGCUUUUCCCUGACCCGAAACCUUGAAAUUUCGAAAUUGAAUGUUUGUGGUGAGGGAAAAGCUGGAAUUGUAGCCAAAAAUCUGAAUUUUCAGCUUUAAAAAAAUGUUUUUUUUUUCAGUUUUGCUCGAUUUCUCUGGUCAAUCAGGUACAAAUUUGCGGUUUUUUCGGUCAGUUUGCAUUUUGUAUUGUUCCGAAUCAUAUAAAAUUCGUAGUUUCAAUAGAAGAAUUUUUCGCAGGUACUUCGAUUUUGGGAUGAGUUGGAUCGAUUCGACGAGGAAAAUGUCGAUUCGGAGACAAUUUGA